CAUCACAUCAGUCCGUUUCCUUCCACUCGAGCGCGCGGCGACACGAGCUCCCGCAUCCGGCCCCGCUGUUCCCGCUCAUUUUCGGCCCCCGAAUAAAUCCCUGGUCCGUCCCCGGGGAUGGUGGCGAACCGGUCCCCGAAUUCCCUUUCCUCCCGCUGCGAGGUCCGCUGAUUGCUAGUUUGAUUCCACCCUAGUUCUAGUUUUUAGUCAUGUUGCGUCCCGUCUUACUCAUCUCCUUUCUCUCUGUGCUUGUUCACUCCAGGUGCCUUGACAACGAUCCCUUCGGAGCGGACCAGCCGCCAAAAUGUGGAUACGAUUCAUGUCCAAAACCGAAGCCAGGAUACAUAAAUGUUCAUCUUGUGCCACACACCCACGAUGACGUAGGCUGGCUCAAAACAGUUGAUCAGUAUUACUACGGAAUCAACAAUUUAAUUCAAGAUGUAAGCGUCGAGUACAUCAUCGAUUCUGUUGUUGAUGAACUGAAAAAAGACCCUGAAAAAAAGUUUAUUUAUGUCGAGACAGCAUUCUUCUGGCAUUGGUGGACUAGGCAAACGGAGGAAAGACAACAAGAUGUGAAAAAGCUAGUUGCUGAUGGUCAGCUCGAAUUUAUCGGAGGAGCAUGGAGUAUGAAUGAUGAAGCUGUUACUAACUACAUGUCAAUUAUUGAUCAGUUCACCUGGGGUCUCAGGAAGUUAAAUGACACUUUUGGCAACUGUGGACACCCAAAAGUGGGCUGGCAGAUUGAUCCCUUCGGCCAUUCAAAAGAACAAGCUUCCCUUUUUGCGCAGUUAGGAUUUGAUGGAUUCUUCAUGGGCCGCAUUGAUUACCAAGAUAAGCGCCAUCGUCUCAAGACCAAGGAUAUGGAAAUGAUCUGGCAAGCCAGUCAAGAUUUAGGAAGUUCCUCUGAUAUCUUUUCUCAUAUCUUGUACAACACUUACAGUCCUCCUGAUGGUUUCUGCUUUGAUAUUUUGUGCUCUGAGAACCAAAUUGUUGAUGACAGAAACAGCCCAGAGUACAAUCUGGAUAAAAUGUUAACAAAGUUUUUUCAAUGGGUAUCACUCCAAAAGUCAUUCUACAAAUCUAGUAACAUCAUUCUAACCAUGGGUAAUGAUUUCACCUAUCAGUACGCCCACUCAUGGUACAAGAAUAUGGAUAUUCUAAUCAGGGAAGGCAAUAAGCAACAGAGCAAUGAAAGUGCAAUUAAUAUCUUCUACUCAACUCCAUCAUGCUACCUGAAAGCAGUCCAUGAUGAAAAAUUGUCUUACUCUGUGAAAGAUGAUGAUUUCUUUCCGUAUGCCAGCGACCCGCAUUCAUACUGGACCGGCUACUUUACAUCAAGACCUACGAUUAAAUUCUAUGAGCGAAUGGGCAACAAUUACAUGCAGGUAUGUAAGCAACUGAGUGCGUUAAAUGAACAUGGGCCAGAAGAGCAGGUCGAACUCAACCAAAUGAGAAGUGCAAUGGGGGUGAUGCAACAUCACGAUGCUAUUACUGGCACAGAAAAACAACAUGUAGCCGCAGAUUACGCAAGGCAGUUGGCGGAAGGAUUCGCCAAGUGUGAUUUGCUUACCUCUGCAGCACUGAAUAAAUUAAUGAAACUCUCUCCUCAUGAAAAGCAAGUGGAGGAGGAUAUGACAGAGAAACCCAAGCACUCCUUGCCAGAAGAAAAACUCUCAUUCCAAUCUUGUAACUUGUUGAACAUCAGCUCUUGCCCAAUCUCUGAACGACAUUCCCGUUUUGUCGUCACUGUUUACAACCCCCAGAGCCAAAACGUCUCAAAGUAUGUUCGUCUUCCGAUUGUAAAUCAGGCUACUUACACGGUCUAUGAUCCUGAGGGUAAAAUUUUGGUGACACAAAUUGUCCCAAUUCAUCCUGCAGUGCUGGAAAUUCCGGGAAGGUCCGCUCUGAGUCAAGCUACUCAUGAACUCAUUUUCCAAGCUGAGGAUGUACCUCCUUUAGGCUACAAAUCAUAUUAUGUGUCCCAUGAUUCUUCGGCUUCUCAUAAUCUUCAUGUGACUGUAUCAUCAGAUCAACACAUGAGUAAUGAUAAAGUAUCAGUGAAACUUGAUCCGUACAACGGUCCAAUCAAAGGCUUUGUGAAAGAAGGCUAUGAGGUGGACAUCGACCAUAGCUACUAUUACUAUCAGCCAAUGGUUGGCAACAAUGAAAUUUUCGCCAAUCGCUCAUCUGGAGCUUAUAUUUUCCGCCCUAAUGGAACUGCUAGAGUCAUAAAUGAUAAGCCUGCUCGAGUCUUAUAUAAAGGUCCUCUUGUCAAUGAACUUCACGUGACCUACUCAAAUUGGACAAGUGAGGUAGUGCGGUUGUAUGCAAACGAGCACUUUGUUGAAUUUGAGUGGCUUGUAGGACCCAUUCCGAUGGAUCAAGCCGGGAAAAUCAAGUUCGGAAAAGAAAUAAUCAGUCGCUUUGAUUCCAAUAUCGAGAGUAAUGGUACAUUUUACACUGAUUCUAAUGGCCGACAACUCUUGAAACGCACUCUAAAUGCGAGACCAUCAUGGGAUUUCCAUGGCGAAGAAGAUGUUUCCUCGAAUUACUACCCAGUCACCUCCAGAAUUGUAAUCAAUGAUGCAAAUGUUCGAUUGGCUGUUAUAACCGAUCGUGCCCAAGGAGGCUCAAGUCUUGGUAGCGGACAAGUCGAGUUGAUGGUGCAUCGGCGGUUGUCCCAUGAUGAUGCAUUUGGAGUAGGCGAGGCUCUCAAUGAAGAAGCCUUUGGCAAAGCGUUGGUUGUCCGAGGAACGCAUUAUGUGACAGUUGGAACGAAUCUCCUCCAACCGCAGAUUGAAAGACAACUGGAGAUAAGUAAAAUGAUUGGUCCAUGGAUCUUUUUCACUCCCGUUGGAGAUGUGUCUUAUAGUGAAUGGUCACAAGCCCAUAACAUGCAGUAUUCUGGACUAGUCAAUGCUCUUCCUGAAAAUGUACAAAUUCUUACUCUUGAGCCCUGGAAAGAGCGCUCUUUACUUUUAAGACUGGAACACAUUUAUCAAAAAGACGAAGAUCCUGUUAAUAAUGCAACAACUGUUGAUCUGCAGAAAUUAUUCAAACCGUUUAGAAUAAAUUCAGUCAAAGAGACAACUUUAGGUGCCAAUCAAUGGUCAGAGGAGUCCAGUAGACUGAAAUGGUUGCAUGAAUCCAACCAGGUUAUCGAUGGAGAUGAAAAGAACUCAAUCCACCAGGCCAACCCAGCUGGAGCCUCAUCAGAUUAUCAAGUUGUUCUCCAUCCAAUGCAAAUCCGUACCUUUGUUGUAGAUGUCUCUUUUCUUAGCUAGUUGUGAUAUUAGAUGUAAAUGAGUGUUGCUUAAGACUUUUUGAUUAAGUAAAUUUUUUGUUGAAAA